AAAGUUAACAUAUUUGUUUACAUUUGGGUUUUAAAUUUUUUUCUGAUGAUUUUGUGUUUACAAUUAAUUUGUUCUUGUUAAUUAACUUAGAAAAGUUGAAAUCAUGAUUGAGCUACUCAAUUCUCGUAAAAUGAUCCUCGGGGUCAUCAUAUUGAUCAUCAUGUGUAUUCUUAUAGUGAUUUUGGAAGGUAUUUUAACGGAAAGUGAGAUGAAACCUCUUCCCCAACGGUUACCAGUUUCUAAAGGUGAUUCAUCAUUUACUAAUCUAAUUGGUAAUUCAACUGAAUAUUGUUGGAUGUUUGAAGAUUAUACUGUUGUUGAAGAGUGUGAACCCUGUACACCAUCAGAUAAACAAGGGAGUAAAAAUGUUUCCAUUUGUACGCAAACGGGAUUUAAAAAGCUUGUUCAUUGUCAUAAGACUGGUAAUGUUUACAUCAGCUGUACACCAGGAACAGUCAGAAAAUUUUGGAUCUUCCUGUUAAUCAUGCUCGCAAUUUCACUUUUGGGUGUAUUGGCAAUUAGACAGAGAGUUAAUUAUCUGGAGCAACGUAUGAUGGACAAGAUGCAAAGUAAAAUGGACUAUGGAGUUUAAUUUAAUCACCUCGAAUAUAUAAAACUGUACAUAUGAUGUAUAUUAUAUUGUAACUAAAUCAAAGAUGAAGAUGAUCAUUUGCAUUUUGGUAAUUGGAUACAAAUUGGUGAUGAAAAUCAUCAUCUAUAAGUGACAUUUAUUUAUUUUCCAAACAAUCAACUCUAAUCAAUAAGAUCAUCAACCUAAUCCUAUUUGAUAAUCUUUAUCAAAUAUUUGUAUUUAAAUCUAAAUACUACUCGUGUAUUAAAAAGUAUUGUUUUAAUUUACUUUCCUAAAUUAACUCGAUAUCGAUUUCAAAGUUUCA